ACAUGUAGGGCACUCGAUCUUACUGACGCUUAUAUUUCAUAAAAAUACUCAGUGAACCAAAACAACGAAAUAUAAAUAAACUGAACAUGGUUACGCUGGAAUUAUAUUUGUUAUCUACAUGCUAAAAUACACUUUGUGUAUCGAACCGCAUGUUUAAUUAACAAAGAAAAUCCAUCAAUUAUUUAAAUUAAAUUUGAAAUCGCCGAGCUGAUAAAAUGCCAGAACUAGGCCCUAUGAUGAGAGCUCUCGAGCUGCAGAGACUGAUUGAAGACAAAGUGACGGAAUGGCGCGAGAGGUCAGCCCGGGUCGCCGGCGCAACCGUGGCCGAGUCUUAUCAGCAGCCACUCAACUUCAAACGUCACACACAUAGACGCAAAAAUAGCGCUGAAAUAAACAGAAUCAAAGCAAAAUAUUCCAAGCCCUACAAGAGGACGGACGAGCCGUUUCGUCCGAGUUUUGUCUGUGACGAACCGCCGACGCGGCCACCUCGCAAUAAAAAGCUCUCGUCCUUCUUAAAAGUCCUGUCUAAGAGUGAAGAUAAUCUUGCAACCAUUGGAGUAAUGGAGAUUCACCCUGACCCAAAGGAACCUGCCAAACCACACUUCACGGUAUCGAAGUACAACACCAAGAGCUGUGAGGAUGUGGCCGCCUUUGCAAAUGUGCAUCGAAAUAUAACAAGCAAGAAUUUCGAAAAACACAGUAUUUUAAACGCGAAAAUCGUCAGUGAUAAUUCAAAACCAAAGCUUCGCAGCAUCAGUGAGGAUGUACAAGUGAUUUCAGAAUUCGAUGACAGUGCUGUGGAAUUAAGAAUUAGGCCGAGCUUUGCUACAUCUACACCGGUGACAAAAAGACAGUCAUGUGUAUCUGAAGGCAAUGCGUUAGAUUACGGUUUUCAAAAGUGUACGAAUUAUUCUAGUGAUGUGAGUGGUCUUAGAAAGGGUAACUCAGAACCCGACAUUCUUAGUGCGGAUAGCAAAGGGUUGAGUGAUACAAAAACUAUAGACUGGAGGAAACGAUGGAAACAACUCAAGCCGCCCUUUAAAAAGGGGGCUUUCGACUGUUUAUUGCGUUGGAGACCUAAAAAACCUAAGGAAACUGCAGUAACUUCUCGAAGGAUACAAGAAGUAGACGACAGUUUCUUUGAGAAGUUUGGUUCGAUUUUGAAGCAGGCAUCGCAAAGAGCUGCCCUAGAAGAGGCAACACCUUUAGCUCCUUUAAAAGAAGUCGAAGUGCAGGAUGGCGAGCAAAGAACGGAGGCAGAACUCCAAGGAGAAAUCCGUAGUGUAACCAGAGAUUCCGACAGUGGAAAUGAAACCUUAUUGGAUACUGAUUCCGAACCUGAUGAGCACGAAAAGAUUGAUCGUUAUGUGGAAGCCGUUGGAUGGAAUAUCGAUGAGCUUUACUUGGAAAUUCUUUAUGAAAUUCUGCACAAUGUGGGGAUGGACGUGAAGUGCGACGUGGAACAGGAUGCGAUGCUGUCCUACGUUCAAGAGGCAUUUAAAAUAUCCAACGACAAGCACACAGAACUGUUCACGAUGGCUGAGGCCAAGGAACCACCAGAGCUGAUGUUGAAUGUAGAGAUUGUGGAAGCCAGAGAUCUUGUGCCCAAAGAUCCUACGGGGCUGAGUGAUCCAUUCGUUACCAUUUAUCUGAUGUCGAAUUCGGCUCAUCGUUACAACACGUCUGUGAAAUCUGGCACACUGAAUCCGGUCUGGGAGGAGCAUUUUUCAUUGCCCAUGCCAGGAAAUUUCCAAGAAGAUUCAUUAAUUUUGGAAGUAUGGGAUUUUGAUCCAGCGGAAACGGUGAAAGAAAAAAUGACGAAGAUAAUGGACGUAAAAGGUGUUAAAGGUUUUAGGAAAUUAAUGAAGGAGAUCGUCAUCACAGCUUCAACUGGAAAGCAUGACAAUGAGCUCAUCGGUACCACGAAUAUUCUAAUCAAGUCAAUCCCAGCAAGCGGGUUGAACACUUGGUACAGUUUGAACAAGAAAAGUAAGCUUCGCAAGCAGGGCGUGAUCAAAACACGGCUUAGUUUCUCAUCCCAGAAGAACAACCAGGUGGCAGCACAGGAACACAGGCAUUUACUAAGGAUACUAUUGCUGCAUGAACUUGAAAACUCUAAGGUUGCGCAUUACUGGUGGAACGGUAACUUCAGUGGCCCUGCAGAGGCGAUUCUGACGCAGCAUAUCGCUCAGAGCGGGCUUACGCCACUGGACAGUUGUUUGGUGCAGUGGUCUGUGUACUGCGCAGUCACCGUCGACCAUCCUCUCAGCUUCACCCUCUUCAACGAGUUGCUUGACAAAAUCACAAAACCUUUGCAAUCUGGUCUCGUCUCUGAAGAGGAUGUUAAGCUAUUCUGGGACGGCGCUAAAAAACUCCUUCCAAUGUGCUACAGCCACAUCCGAAAACUGAGGAAAAAAACCGCCGGGGACAAAAACGUUAUGAAGACCUUAAGAGAAGUACUUAAGAUCCUAUACAAAUUGUCAGUUUUGGACGUACCGGAGACAGUGAACUUGUUCCCAGAAAACUUGUAUGGAUGGUUAAGGCACGAUGGAUCAACGUUGAAUGUAUACGAAGUAUUAAAUCAGGCGGUUAUCCAAGGUGCAUCAGAUUGGUUUGUCCACAUAUUGGAUAAUAACGAGUGUAAGGACAACACGGAAGAGGCAAGGCUUCAGCAUUUAAUAAGGGUUAUACAGUUGGUGCGCUCCGAUUUGCAAAGGGCUGUCGAGUUCUACGACAGAGUUUUUAUUGAAAUAAUGAACUUCCCCUACACGAAAGCAUUGUAUGGUUUAUAUGAAAGCAAAAUUGCAUCUUUAGUGGAACCAGACGUGAUAGAAGUGUGUAAGAGUCUGAAAAGGUUGCAAUACAACGAAGGUUCGACUAAUAGUGUGCAUUUAGCCGGCGGUAUCAAUGGGCAGACCGGGCUUGGGGCACCGCAAGUGUCCAACGAACCCUUGGCGAUGGGCACAACAUUAUUCGAACUGUAUUUAGCGUUGCAGAGGUUUUUGAUGUUAGGGCAAGGUUUAAAUGAGACUGAAUGGAGUUCCUACGCGAUAUCGAAGUUCCACUCAUGGUUCUUCGGCGGCGUGGCGCAGUGGCUCGACAUCGCCGCCUACAAAGCCCUUGUGCGCAUUGAAAAGGCCGUAGAUCUAGACAAUCUAGUGCCAGUUGACACUAACGUGAAGUAUAGUAGCUCUGGUGUCGACACUUUGGCGAUAUUCUACCAAAUUAAAAUAUUCUGGCAGCAGUUAGCGUGGCCUGAUGUCGAAGGGUGCUACACUUUCGUGGCUAAAAUUAUUGAUGACAUCUGCCGGUGCUGCGUGUUCUAUUCAGAUAAGAUGGCGAAUCGCGUCGACAGCGUUGGAACGGUAAGCAAUGUGUUUGAAGAACGGUUUGAAGUGACCAACGAGUGGUGUGUGGCGAUCAACAAUAUCGAUUACGUGCGGCAAAGCUUAGAGCCUUUUGUGGAAGAACUCGGAAUGGAAGAGAUCAUACAGAAAAUGUGUGAGGCCAGAUCACCGAUUGAGGCGCAGAGAUGUAAGGAAACAUUACAGAAUGUAAUCGCCAAUGCAAUUGAUACUGUCAAGAAUAAAAUCGUAGACUUGUUAGAAAUUAUGAUUAAAAAGAUGAUGCCGUCGAUAACCCGUUUCUUAGUAGAGGGCGCUGAGUUACUCCACCAGGACUGUUCGAGUAUGGACCGCGUCAUGCGCUACCUUGAAGCAAAUCUGGACACACUUUACCAACAUCUGAACAACGAAAACUUUUCCAGGACCCUCGAUAUAGUAUGGGAACAACUAGGUGAAGUUCUAUAUGAACUUAUACAGGCGAAUUUGGAGCACCGAAGGGCAAAGAUAACUCGAUAUAUCGACCCGAGACGCUUGAGCAAAUCUGCAGCCGCCAACUUAGAUGCGAAACGUCGUCCGCCAGCUUUCUUCUCGAAUCUUCACGAGUGCCUAAAGAUAAUGAUACGAUCGUUCCGUCAAGAUAAUAAAGAAAUGUACUCGUCUGAUACACUUAAGAGGGUGGAAUAUCUAUUGAAACUACACGGCAUGGAGACAAGGGAGUUAAUUCAUCAAUACCACUUGGAAAGAUGGCAAGAGCAACAGGCAAUAACUGAACCAAAGAUGGGCAUGUUGACCGUACGAGCUCAGUUCAUAGACGAUAACCUAAAGGUUGAGGUUAUGAACGCGAGGAACUUGAUGCCCACUGAUUCUAAUGGUUUGUGCGAUUCAUACGUGCGAGUGGCGUUGCUGCCGGAAGACUCGUUCGCGAACGUCGUAAAACCCAAGACACAAACACACAGCAAGAAUCUGUUCCCGCUGUACGACGAAAUGUUUAUCAUCCCCCUGUCAGAGUCGCAGCGUCACACCGCAGACGGGCUGAUGCACUUCGUGAUCAAGGAUAAGGACACGUUCAGCCUAAGCAACACGUUUGUUGGCGAGGCGUACCUGCCCUUCAGCGAGGUGCCAGACACCUCCUCGCCCAUCAGCAGUCUACCCCAACAACACUUGGCUUUGUCAAGACCUACCAAUUUUGAUGGCGAUGCAAUAAAAGCGUUGGAGUCAAGACAAGGCGAUAAACAAGCAAGAGAGUUCCUAAAAAAACAAAAACAGAAGUUACCGAGCAAGCAAUUCUUCUCACUCGGUUGAAUGCCUCAAGAAUGUUAGAUCCCUCGUCGAGAAACUAAAAUCCUAAAGUUUUAUAUAGCAAUUUAUAAUGCAGUCCAAAGUGGUUCGAUCGGAGAGUGCGAGAUUUCAGAUUUAAACUACACACUCUUUAUAAUUAGGUACAUUGUACUCUAAUUUUAUAAUCUGUGGUCGUACCUUAUUUGGUAGAAUAAAAAAAUACUUUGUACAAUGUAUGAGGAUACUGAAAAAGUACUUUGUCGCUACCUUGUGCAGUAAAUUGCUCUAUGAGAGAAACGCGGCUGAUUGUUUUGUAUCAUUUACGAUCGUACUAAAUAUUGUAAAUUCAAAUAGACUUAUAUUUAGUAACAGGCACAAAGUUUUAGUAUUUACUAUUAAAAAUAUUUUCUCAAGUGUACGAAUUCGUAAUAAUUUCAGUACUUUAUGAGAGGUUGUAUUUUUUUGCGUAGUUUAAAUUACUUAAAAGUACAUAAAAUGGCGUUUGAGUACAAUAAUGUUAAGUUAAUUGAAUCUCGAGCAAUAUUUUCGAAAAUUUGCAUAUAAUUGGUGACAAUAAAUUGUAAAAUUAGUUCGAAGUUGGUAUGAAUGUUUUAGUGGCUUUGAUAUUUUAAUGUUCCAUAAAGUAGGAUAUCGUAUGCGGAAUGAAAGCAAUAUAUCGAACUAUUUUUGAUAAACAGUGAUAUUCUCAUUGCAAUAUUAACUUAAAUGUUAUAUGUAAAAGCGUGUAUUGUAACACAGAUACAUAAAUAUCCUAGUGUUAAAAUUUGAGGAGUCGAUGAUUUUAUAAAAUAAUUUAUCGAAGCUAACCUCUUUAUACAAUGAGAGAUUUACUAGAUCUAAACUGUACCAUGUAAAUAAGUGUGUAUCACUUUUAUAUAUUCAUCAAGUAAUAUGUACAUAGCUUAUAAGUAGAUGCUAUUCUGUGAUAAGAAACCGUGCCUUAUUUAUUUUCUAUCGAGUUAUUUUAACAAACUUCUAAAAAAUAUUCUGUUUAUUAGAUACGGCUUGCCAUUUAUAUUUUCUCAAACUUAUUUUAUGCAGUCAUUAUAGAUUUGUUUCUGUAUAUUUGGAAGCAAUUCCGCAUAAUGUUUGAAUUUAAAACUUAUUUAUGAAAUAAAAUAUCUGAAAAUCUG